UAGAAUAAUUCAGGAACAAAAAAAAAAAGAAUGUUUUAUUUUUUUUUUAAUACAAAACAUUUAAUUAUGUAAUUCACUUUUAUUUAUUAUAUCAGCCGUUUAUUGUUUACUGCUGAACACAGACCUCCCCCAUAAGGGAGGGGGAGGUGUUGCCAAUUGUUGCCACAUUUGGCAAUUGCCAAAUUAGGCUUUGAUGAUGUUGUAAGAGGGAAGCUGUUGCCUAUUCCUCGACCAUGAAUUUCCUUAGAUGCUUCUUACGAUACCCACGAGACAGGGGUGGCUCAUUCUACGUCGCGACCACAUGACUGACUUCAUAGAAAUUAAUUAUAACUGUAUUAAUACUAAUGUCCAAAUUGACAGUAAAAUUGUCAAUUAAUAGCUGCCCUAGAAUAAAGAGAAUUUCUAUGAUUGCUGGUAAACUGUUUGAAACAUAAGUAUUUACUUAACCAGUAAGGCCGGUCGUUCGAAAUUGAGGUGCGGGCGAAUGACGGGUGCUCUGGAGAGUGGUGAGACGAGAGGGCCGCGAACUAAAUUGUGGCUCGCAGUUCAGAAAGAUAUUUGUAGCGCCGUUGCCAUACUUUAAACUUACUAAUCAUAUUAAUAUUAUAAAUAUAUAUUAAUUAGGUUAAGAUGAUAUUAAAAAAGUAUAAAGUGGGACCAAAGGGGUAUUUUUAGGAGUUUUUAGUUUUUUGAAAAUAAUUAAAAAUUAUUAAAGGAAAUUAAACCUAUUAAAAGAAGACAUUGUGGCUGACUAAUAUUUUGGUAUUAUAAAUUUCAUCAUUCUAGGCGAAACAUCGACCAAUAUAUAAUAAUUUCAAGAUAAGGUACUUUUACGCUAUUUAAAGUUCGAGUAACAAAAACAUCCCCAUAUGAAUUUUCUCCACUUAACGUUAUUUUAAAAGUACCAUCUCGAAAAGUAUUGGGAACUUCGGUAUUGGAAUCUCUAGUAGGGUAGGGCGGGGCUAGAAGUCCGGCGGGUAAGAAAUCCCAACAUACGUAUCUCAUUAUAGAAGCACACUAGAAACAAAAGAUCUACGUAAUUUGGAGCGGGGAGAGGGGCGAGUACAAAGCCGAGAGUUGCCAGUCGUAACGAAAUGCACAUGUGAGUAACACGAUUAACGAAAUUUUUUGUCACUCAAAAGUGAAAAUAUCUUGUUUUUGUUUUUUUCCUACAUCGGCAUUGAAAUUCGAUAAAUUGUUAAGAAUGCAUCAUUACAAGAAAAAGACAGAGGCACUAUGCCACUAGAUAUAAUGAAGAAGGCUGCAAAUGAGGUAAUUAAUGGUGAGAAAAAACUGUGUCAAGCUGCAAGAGACCACAAUAUCUGUAGGAAUUCCCUUAAAAGGUUUAUUGCGCGAUACAAGAAGGAACCAAAUAAUGUAACUUUUGGAUACCUUCCUACACGUAAAAUUUUUACUGAGGAUCAAGAGAAGAGUUUAAGCGAUUAUCUACUUAUGGUUGCUCAAAUGUUUUAUGGCAUGGGUCCUAAAGAUGUACGUUGCUUAGCAUACGAUUGUGCUAUUAAAUUCGCAAUUACUGUACCUGAUUCUUGGUAAAAUAAUAAAAUGGCAGGAAAAGACUGGAUGACAGCUUUUUUUAAAAAGGAACCCUUCUUUAUCUAUCCGAAAACCCAAGGCUACAAGUAUCAGUAGAUCGACUUCGUUCAAUCGUUCAAAUGUUCAUGAUUUUUUUAAUAAGCUGGCUCAAGUAAUGGACAAAUAUACAUUUGCAGCUUCUUCUGUUUGGAAUGUAGAUGAAACUGGAGUUUCGACUGUGUUAAAGCCUCCUAAAAUUUGUUGCUGCGAAAGGAAAACGAAACGUUGGCUCUGUUACAUCUGGAGAAAGGGACACUAAUGUCACCGUUAUAGUAGCAAUCUCGGCUACAGGUUCUCAUACCCCUCCGAUGUUUAUUUUUCCAAGGAAAAAUUAUCACCAUCACUUCGUUCGUGAUGGUCCACCGGACUGUAUUGGAAAGGCAAAUCCAAGUGGGUGGGUCACAGACGAGGAAUUUUACUGUUUUAUUCAGCAUGUUAUCCACCAUGUAAGGCCUUCAAAAGACACUCCGAUUCUUCUCCUACUAGAUAACCAUUCAUCACAUUUAUGUGUCAAGACCCUUGAUUUGGCUAAACAAAACGGGAUAGUUAUGCUAUCUUUCUCUCCCCACUGUACACACAAAUUACAGCCUCUGGAUGUGUCUGUAUUUGGUUCAUUCAAGAUUCAUUUGCCUAGAGCUCAAGAUUCAUGGAUGAAAAAUAAUGCAGGAAAAACUAUGACAAUAUACGAUAUCCCAUCGCUGGUCCGUACAGCAUUACCUAUCGCUCUCUCGCCAGUUAACAUUAUCAAGGGAUUUAAGGCGUCAGGUAUAAUUCCAUUUAACCGCGAUAUAUUUACAGAUGUAGACUAUGUGCCAAGCAAUGUAACAGAUCGUAUCAGUGCUUUUGAUAACACCGAAAAUAUACCACCAGUAAAUGUAAUAACUGAGUCUGAGCAAACUCAAAUAAAUUUAUUAAAUAUUAUGCAACAAUCAAGAGAUAUAUCUCUCCAACCUUGCACAUCGAAAGAAGUAUUAUCCCCUGAAUCCGUUCUACCUGUGGCCAAAGCAGGACUCCGAAAAACCUCAAAUAACAGAAAACGACACAAAGCAACAAUAUUAACAGACUCUCCUGAAAAAAAUGAGUUAGCAAAAGAACAAGAGAAGUCUAAAAAAAAGAAAAAAUAAGGCAAAUAAAGAAAAUAAGAAAAAGAAUGUAGUAAAAAAGAAAGUUUUGAGAGAAAUGAGUCCUUCGUGUUCCUCUGAUGAAGAAUAUUUUUGUAUUAUAUGCUGUGAAUCUUAUACAAAAAGCAAGUCAGGAGAGCAAUGGAUCCAAUGCACAAUCUGCAAAGAUUGGGCACAUGAACGAUGUGUAUGUAUUGGUUCAAAUUUAAAUUUUAUUCGUGUUAAUUGCAAUAGUAAUGAAGAUUAAAAAGAUUUUAAGUAGUUGAUUAUAAUUUAAGACAUUUAGAAUCAUAGAUAUUAUAAUAAAAGAUUAGCUUUUUUAUUUGUUUGAACAGAAUAAUUUAAGUUAUGUUUACAUUGAUUGUUUUUCUAAGUUUAUAUUAUUUGAUAAUAUUAUUAAGAUUAUCUUGAUUAUAACUUAAAAUUUUUAAUUUUAAAUAAAAGAUUGAUUUUCAAAUAAUCUUAUUUCAUUUACCCUAAUUGAUCAAUCUACUUAGCCAUUAAGACGAAUGGACUUUUUACCCCGUAGGGGGGGCAAAAAGUACAAAAUUCCAUCUUGCCUUUAACUAAAAAUUUUCAAUAAAUCAAAUAAAUAGUCACGCUUUUUGUUAUUUAAGUGUAAAGCUAAUUUGUAUAAGGUUUUUGCAACUGGUUUUGUUGACUGUAAGUACUCUAUUUUACAAUCUAUGUAUCUGGUAGUGAAAAUUGGGACUUCUAGCCCCGCCUUACCCUACUGUAGAGUUACGGAGUCAUUUGAAGAUAGGAUCAAACUAGCAUCCAAAAAGCUCGAUGGUACUAAAUAGAGCAAAACAGUACUUACAACUCUCGAGACAUAGACUAUUACUCUACCUAUCAACCCUCACUGGUACCCCAUCAGCAUAUACCGUUACCGCAGCUGGGGUUACCAUUUCAACAUUAUCCAUUAAAAAAAGACCAGCGUGGUCUAUUGACGCCAUUCAAAGACGGACUAUGAAAAUAGUCGACAUUCUUAAGUUCACAGGUGGUAUCGAAGUCUUAAGUCUUAGGCAAAACUUUGCCUCACUUGUAUGUUCUACUGCGUGUAGAUUGUGUUGUGAGAAUUUUUUUGAAGUGAUGGAUACAGCGGCCUUUUUAUAUUGCACCGCUCACCAUCGAUAGGGAAUUUACCAUUUUUACCAUUUAUUUAAGCCUAAAUGGUACGGUAAACAGUGCGGUUUAAUGGGAGUUUCCUCUCAAGAAUGCUCAGGACAUGGAAUGAUUACCAUGCUGAGUUUUUCUUACAAACUACAGUAUGGGGUUUUUCAAAAAGGGUAUAUUAAGGUUUCUUUGGGGUCAACGACGCCGAUGUGACGCCCCUAGUGUUACAAGCGGUGCCAUAGGUUACUGUUCAGAAUAAACCUUUUUAUAUAAGUUGACAAUUAUAGUUUUUUUUUUUUUUAUAAAAAAGGACGCUACCCGACGAUAUUGUCAUUUAAAUUUAAUAAAUAUAAUAAAUAAUAAUAUGUAAUAAUAGAAGAACCAGUAUAUUUAUAAAUGUUACAGUGACAAUUACCAUCAGAUGGACAGCUAUAUGCUUCUUUGUAUUAAAUUUGUAAAAAAAAACAUAAUAUUGUUGUUUCUAAAUGAAUUUAAAAAGUUAAACACUGAAGCAAAAACUUUCAACUUUCU